CUGGCCUACGCACGUGAUUGGUUUAUCUGCGACAAAAGCGAAAGGGCGCGUUGGCUAUGCGUCGACAUCGGUGGCUGAACUUCAGCCUGAAGCUGAAGCAUGAUGCUAAUUUCGAUCACUUCCGCUUUCGCCUCCCAGCCGCCGCAUCACCACCGAGUGGACUUGGCCUUCCACUCUCUUCAAUUGCGACAAGGUCUCCUCAAGCAACCAACGACGCGACUGAAUCGAGAUGGUGCUGACGGCGGCUAGGCUCGUGUGUACCAACCGCGACGGCAUGAGUGAGCUGUCCCACGUGUGGGGAGCCAUGAAUGAGUACCUCGACUACUCGAGCGGGUGGACGCUGGAGCGCGCGGCGGCGGAGGGCAUGAAGUUCCUUGUGCAGCAUCUGGCGCUAACGACCCCCAAGACGCCGCUGGAGGACAGCAGCUCGUUGGUCAUGGACUUUGCGGCAUGUAACGGCCACUUGGACAUCCUCACUUGGCUGCACAAUACGGAGCAGUUGAACGGCUGCUCGACGCGCGCCAUGGACGACGCCGCCAAAAACGGACACCUUCCUAUCGUUCAGUGGCUGCACGCAAACCGCAGUGAGGGAUGCACCACCAAGGCCAUGGACUACGCGGCUAGCAGCGGCCACCUUCCGGUUGUGCAGUGGCUUCACACGAACCGCGCAGAUGGCUGCACCAGUCGCGCGAUGGACUUGGCGGCACAGAACGGUCAGCUACACGUGUUGCAGUGGCUCAACGACAACCGCUCUGAGGGCUGCACGCCGAGCGCUGUGAACUACGCGGCCACGGAAGGCCAUUUGCAUAUCGUGCGCUGGCUCUGCGAAGUGCGCAAGGAGGAGUGCACGUCCAGCGCCAUGGUAAAUGCUGCUCGUGGUGGACACCUGUACGUUCUCGAAUACCUCGGUGAGCACUUUCCCCAGCUGUUCGAGAGUGUCGGCCCCAAGAUGGUACACGCCGCCAUUGCAAACGGCCAAGCCGCGGUGUUGACCUGGCUCAUUGCUGUGCUCCCGGUGAAGUCGCUAAAGUGCGAGGAGGCUGCUGGGUCGUGGAUGGACGUUGCGUCAGAAUACGGCCAGGUCGGCAUCCUCAAGUGGUUUCACGACCACGCCACGGCGUUGCCUAUGAGUGUCGACGGACACCUGCCUGCCUGCACCGUUGAGGCCAUUGAGAAGGCGGCGCGCAAUGGACACAGUGACGUCCUCAUGUACCUGUACGAGAACGAACUAGUGAACCUAACCGUCGAGUCCGAUGCAAUGAACGCGCUGGUUGCAGCCGUCGAAGGCGGCCACCGCAAUUGCGUCGAGUGGCUGGUCGCAAACUUCCGUGAGCUGUACGAACAGAGCUCGCCUGCGUCGACUAUUGCAAUGGACGCUGCCGCUGUCGCCGGUCACGUUGACAUUCUUCAGUACCUGCGUGAUGAACAGACUACGCGCGAAUGGCAGACCAGCUCCAAGGCAGUGAACGAGGCUGCCCGCCAGGGGUUCGUGCAUGUCCUGCGUUGGCUGCACUUUGACCGCAUAAACCACGUCGAGGACGAGGAGCCUGUCGACAAUGAAUCCAGUGAGAGUGAAGAACCGACAACGGGUGACUCACGCUGGACACCAAUGGCACUAGAGCUGGCGGCUACGAACGGCCAUCUUCCGGCGGUCCAAUGGCUCACCGAACACCACCGCGAGGUCUGCAAUAAUUUCGAGGCAUUCAACGCCGCUGCCUACAUGGACCACUUGGAGAUUGCCCACUUUCUUUACGACUACGUGCGCGCUUCGUGCUCCGUGGAACAGGCGCUGGAGCAUGCCGAGGAAGGAGGCGCCGAGGAUACGCUUGCCUGGCUCGAGGCUCUCAACUGAGCUACAAUGAUUGCAACCGGCAAUUAGAGAUUUUUUGGGUAGACAAAUAGAGUGUAUAUAAAUCGUCCAAUGAGGUAAAUAGAGUUUGAAAUAGAGCACCUUUGGAUUCUAAAUAGAUGGAUACAUUUUGGGAUGAGUUAAA